UUGACCCGGCGCGGCGGGCGGCGUUAGCUCCGCUGCAUCCUCCCGAGCUCUGGCUCGCGAAGACGAGCAAACGAGAUGCCCUUUGUGCGAGAUCAUUCGACCCGGGAGCUCCUCCAGCAGGAUGCUCACAAAACGCGGCGAGAUGCGGCCAGAGGAAGUGGACUUGAAGAUGUUGACGAAGAGGCACAUCUUCAUGGAGGUGGUUUCAUCCCAGUAGCAGGGCAGCCAAUGCCUCAGACACAGAGGAAAUUGCCACCUUCAGAUGUGGUGAUGGUUUUUCCAUACAAGACCCACUCCACGCUGCGCUGGGGUGAUGCUGCAGCAGAGGAGGAGCAGCGCGGUUUGCGACAGCCGAUCGAGGAGCAGAUCCGUCAGAUGGAGUCUUGGAAGGCCAAGAGGAAUAUGGUCAUCCACUCACUCAGUGACACGGGUCUGGUCCUGAUGCUCUACUACUCUCGCGAUCGAGAUGAAAUCUUUGUCCGAAUCGCAGCAGAUCCUCUACACCUCCGACAGGAAGUUCUACUUAACACUGCUCCUUUACGAGUACUGGCACAGACAAGAAGACCUGUGGCAGUGCACUGGGGAAUCGUGGCCGAGAUGAUCCGCUACCAGCUGGAACUGAAGCCGCAAUACCUUUCAGCCUUUGCGGACUACAAGAAUGACUAUCCAGGUCGCCGGGACUUGAACUAUAGUGAUCGUUGCAUUGUCUCCCACCUGUACGAGACGCAUUUCGAGAAGUCCAAGGAGGGUGACUACCCUCAAAAAGAUGCCAUUUUCCGCACGGUUGAUCGGCUUCGCCUGAUUGACCACAUUGUACGAAGCGGAGAUCAUAAUUGUGCUGGCGUUGAUGUCGGUCAAUUGCUUCACGAUGGCGACUUGAUCCACUACUUUCCACUCCAUGAGCAACGUGAGCUGGAAGACAUGGACAAGGAUUGGUUCAAGACCUUCGUCAUGGGCCGAAACAUUCACAAGGUCAGAGACUACUUUGGCGAGCGAAUCGCGUUGUACUUUCUCUUCAUGUCCCACUUCAUCAAGUGGAUGAUCAUCCCAACAAUAUUUGGGACUUUCUUGUGUGUGGUGGACCUUUUCUACCAAACGCCCAACAACGUGACGGUGGUCUUCAUUUGCAUAGGUGUGGGAAUGUUCUCGACCACCUUCAUCCAUUUCUGGCGAAGGAAGACCAAUCUCUAUGCUUUGAAGUGGGGCACUUUCUCCAUGAAGAAGAAGGCUGAAACUACUCGACCCGAGUUCUACGGAGUGAGUCGCGUCAAUCCUGUGACCAGCAGGGUGGACCGGUAUUAUCCUUGGAGCGAGCGAAUCUGGAAGGUGCUUUUCAGCUACUCAGUCAUUCUUGUUUCACUGAUUUCGCUCUUCUUUGCGGUGGGCAUCUUGAUGGUUCUUCGCCACACCUUUCACAAGCACGGCGGCCGGAUCACUUUCCAGGUGAUCAAUGCUCUGGUGGUCGAGCUCUUGAACACUCUCUUCACCAGCCUCGCCACCUGGCUCACGGACCGAGAGAACCAUCGGUCCUACUCCGAGCAUGCAAAUCAUCUUUUGGCCAAAAUGGUGGUCUUCAAGUUCAUCAACUGCUACGUGUCCUUGUACUAUAUUGCCUUCUUGAAGGAACACUCAUACCUGUUCGGAAUGCCCAUGACUUGUGUGAACGAUGACUGUUUAAACGACCUGGGCUCUCAGCUGGCGAUUUUCAUGAUCAUGAGGCUGACGUUGCAGAACAUGAUUGAACUUGGUGGACCGUAUGCUGUGAUGAUGUACCGGCGCAUGACGGAAGAAUCUGCCUUCAACUUUGACGCCACACUCUUCACGAACCCCAUGACCAUCAUGCCUGACCUCUCCAGCCCCGAGAAGCAAAGCAAGAAAGAGGACUAUGACGUGUACCAGGACAUGGAUGAGGUAUUGAUCCUCUACGGCUAUACAGUGCUCUUCGUUGUGGCAUGCCCUUGGAUCCCACUGAUUGCACUCAUCAGCUUGGUCCUGGAGUGCUUCCUGGAUCAGAAGAAGCUUGUAUUGUUGUAUCGCAGGCCCUUUCCGGACCCUGCAGCCAACAACGAGCCCUGGGACACGGCGUUUGAUGUCUUCGGCAUGCUUGCAAUGGCCACCAACACGGCCGUCGUGGUCUUUGCUUCGAACGUCUUUCAGAGCUGGAGUCAUUUCCACAAGAUCCUACUUUUCAUGGUCGUGGAGCAUGCAAUGAUUGGCUUUAGGAUACUCAUCUCCACGCUCUUCCCGGCUAUUCCUUGGGAGGUGCGAUUGCUGGCAAUGCAGCAACAGGUGGUCGUGCACAGGCACUUGAAUCUCGGUGGUGAAGAAGAUGACCAUGAGACUCGCGCCAGUGCCAUGAUGGCCACAGCGCAGCCGCCUCCCAUUGUGCACGAUCAAGACGAUGAGGAGUAUUGGUAGCGGCUUCCUUUUUGCCACGAGCCAAAGCUGCGUCCACUGCGAAAUGGGCUGACGCACUUCGGCCAGUCUCACCUGCCGUGGACAAUGUCCGUGGGCCUCAAUGAUACAGGUCAGCUUACUUGAAGACACCGUGUCAAGGUAUGCAUGUAUCGUAUGGCUGACAUGAGCCAUCAAUUCGAGCGCGAAGACGGAGCUGUCGCCGAGUCGGAGAA